UAGAAGAACCUCUUCUGACCAGCAUCAAGCAGUUUGCUGUUUUAUGCUUCUACAAGUUUGGUAUAACGGAACAGUUGUAAUAUCAAAACUGUAUAGCAUUUAGGUAAAGUAUAUAAAUAUAAUAGAAUCGUCGUGUCGUUGCGAGUUCGUGUAAGAAAACAAAGGUGUACAUACGGAGGUAUCUGACCAACGCCAACGGUUACACGCGAAAGUGACAGUUUUUGCCCGACAACGAUCGCUUAUAAAUAUUUUCGCCUUGUCGUUCGCCUUCUAGAUUGAAAGCUGUAACAAUUCGACUAGAAGUGACGUAACGUUAAGAACGAAACUAGCAAUCGGCUUUUCUUCAAUUCGGGUGAACGUACAAAGAUAAACUCAAUUGGGUCAGUAAUUUACCGUAUGUACUUGACUGAACUAUAAUUGUUUGUUAUUAGUGAGAAAUCGAAACUAAUAGUGCAGUGAACUUUGCAAAUAUUCAAUCAAAAGUGAAUUAGAAUAAAAGUGAAAUUAAACCAUGUAAAUGCCGUUAUUUAUUUUGGACUUUUGUGAAAGUAAAUUGCAACUAACUACAUAAGUGAAAAAAGUGGCACGUUACAAACGCGAUGUGCCGGGACAUUCGACAAACUGCAACAAACUGUCGUAUUCAGCAGCAGUGAAUUUUUCAUUUAGUUACUAAACGCGUUUCUUCCUUUUCGUAAGAACAUGUCGCAUAUCGCGCGAACACUUUUUCCGCUAAUUUGGCUUACUUCUUCAACUGUUUGCUUUUCUGUCGUGGAAACAUCAAAUAAUGUAUUUGUGAAACAGCCAAAUUAUCAUGUAACGGAAAUCGGGAAUGGCGGAUCUUCUUCAUUAAGGACACGACAUAUUAACCUUAAUAACAAUAAGAACGCUAAUAAGCCUAUUAUAAAAACUGACUUUCACAUUGUACCAUAUGUUACUACUUCUUUGGCCGACAGCGAUCUAAUUUUUGAUCCAGUAACAAGUCAGUUUGUUUCUCGAAAGAUCCCCAAACGGACUUAUCCUAAUCACACCGGCAAUAAGAAAAAGUUGACUGAUUACUAUAAAACCAUUGUAUACCAACCGAAGAUCAAAGCUAACAAGCAGAAAAGCAGCAAAGGCAUGUCGAAUACGUUGUCAACCAACAAAAUAAAAUUUAAAUAUCGUGAUGUGCAGCCACAUUCAUUCUCUCAAAAGAUUUCGUUUUCUCCAAUAAUUUAUCCUUCAACGGAUGCCAUAAAACCAGAAGCAAAUUAUUACAGAAACGUAAUAUCGCAAAAACCUUAUAAGGACAAUAAAGCUCACGAACCAAACCUAUUUCUCAACGAUUUUCUUAGCACCAGACCAACUGUAAUCACGAAAACAAAGAGUAAUAAUGGAGAACUAAAAAGUGAUCAUGAAAUCCCAAAAUUUAUACCUGUAAAACCUAUUUACCCUGGUGAAGGCAAGUGGGCUCUCAGAGGCAAAAAGUACAAACCGUACGAUAGUAAACAAAUAUACUCAGAACUUGAAGACGCUACAGAACAUCCUGAAGCAGAAGCCAUAUUUCAAGGGCCAGCAACGCAUAAAUCACAACCCCCAACUAUUUAUGGUGAAGGCAGGUAUAAUAAUAAUUACAAAAAUAUUCAACAUCCAUCUUUAAAGAGAAGUGAAGUAUCGGCUCAAAAAACUGUAAAACCUCCAGAAAAUAUACACAACGUAGAAAAAGCUGAAGAAGCUUCAGAAGAACAAGAGCAAGAAUUUAUACCCACCCGGACACUUGCUCAAGUCAGGCAAUAUGAAAACGAAGAACAUAAUUUACCACCGAUUGAACCACGUCUAAGGGAAAUUAUUAAGGAUUCCAAAACGCAUACUGUUUUUACAGAGGAAGGUUACGAAGACAUGGCUUACGAUCAUGCAAAUCACGAGAAAAACGCAGAAAAAGGCGAGGAAUCCGAAGAACUCCAUGAAGUGCAAGAUAUUUUAAAGGAAAAAUCUCCAAAACAAUCACCUGAAAUAAAUAAAGAGGUACUACACUCUGAAUCUCAACAUACGUCCCAAAUCAUGAAUCCAGAAUCUCGAAAUAGUUCAUCCAAAGUGAUGACAGAAGUAUUAAAUAAUACCGAAAGUAGUCUCAACAACAAAACAUUACAUACCACGGACACGAGCCCGAUUACGGAGAAAUUUAAAAAGGAACAUGGAUUUAGAAUCCGAAGGAAUAGUAAUGAUGACGUUGUUUCAGUGAAAAAUAGUAAAUUAGAUGAAAUAGAAAAUUCAACAUAUGAUUCUCAAAAGUACCCAUACUACAAUCAAUUAAACGUCUUUUCUUUGAAUAAUAAUUCGCCUUUACGUUACGCAGAAAAUUUCAAAAACCGUCCCAAAAAAAAGGUCGGAAAAAUGUCAUUUUAUGAAGACGCUCAAAGAAGAAAAUGUCGGGAAAUAGAGGAUUUACAGCCAAUCCCAAAACAAAUAAAAGAUCGAGCAGAUGGAAAAGAUCACGAAACACCAGAAGAUCCACCAAAAAGCAAUGCACCUAAAUUAAAUAAAUUGGGCGACGCAAUAGAAUGUUUUAAAGAACAAUUAUUUGGGGAAAGUCCACUGGAUAAUCCUCUCUUUUCCGAAAAGUCCAUAGCAGAACCAACGCCAAUAUUUCAAGAUCUGCAGUCCUUGGGAAUAUUUUCAUUUUCUAAUACCAAGGAAAUUAACACUUUUAAAAAUAAACGAAAUCGACGACAUUUAAUAGACCCGGCCGCAUUAAAAAAUAAUGAUAAUGAACUAAAUAUACUAGAAAAACUACCUUUACAUGGGCGAAGAAAAUCAGUAAAAAGAAGAAUAAAAUCUAGGAGAAAGAAUCCACGAACGCCUUUUCCUGGAUCAAAUAUACAACAGAAGCAGCAUUCCACUGAACCAUCACCUACGGUACUUCCUAAAUAUAAAACUAUUAGUGAAGUUCAAUACAAAGAUGAUAUUAAGCCGAAUGAACAACUUAAUGUAUUCACAGAUAUUAUAAAAAAUAUAAAACUAUCUUCGGAAAAUAUUCAUGAUACGAACGCCAAAACUUCAGAUAAAAUCAAAAUUACAACUUUUACUGCUCCCAAGAAAAAUAAACAAAAUAUUAGCUUCCAGACAGUUUUCGAAGAUGAAGGAGACUCUAUUUCUGACAGUAGCGAUAUAAACACAUUCGUGACUUAUCAGAAACCAAAGUCUGAUUUUCAUCGUCGUAAACAACUUUUAGAUGAAAAUCCUUUUUUCAAAGAUCGUCAAACUACAUCUAAUGAACUGUUUCAUAAAUCGCCAACUGUAACUACGGUCAGAACAAACAACUUCAUUUUGGGCUUAAAACCACCUCCCCCUUUAACUUUUGCAUCCCCGUUUCAGUCGACAAGUACCUUAAAUCGUAAAUACUAUACAAAUAAAGAUCCUUCACGAAGAUGGAAUCACAGGUUAUUAAAAAGAAGUGCUGCAAUGCCAACUUAUUCCCAAAUUCGUAGAAAAACUACCGUAGAAACAACUACAGAAACUGAUGAGUAUAUUCCAAGAAGAAAUAGAAAUUAUCAUUACGACGAAAAAACAGGAAAAAUUAUUUACUACACAACACAAGCAAGUUUAAUCGAAGAAAUCGAACCAGUCAUUACUGAAGAACAAUAUACCUCACCAAAACGAAUCACUACAGAAAGUGCUGUAAAAAUUACAACAGAAAUGCAAAAAUUAAAAGGCCCAUCGUUUUUGGAAUUCGUCUCGAAAUUAAAAUCUCAUGAAGGUUACGUUUCUAUUCCAGAUCCUAAGCCGGUAAAAAUAGAAAAAGGAACAUCAGAGACUACAACAACUGAAAAACCUGCCAGUACAACAGAGCCAGAAUUUUUAAAAAUUCUUAAAAUGGUCAAAAGUAAUCCAGAUUACAAAGAAAUUGGCAAAAAAAAUGUAACGACAACAACCUCCAUCUAUGAAGAAGAACAAGAUUAUACUGAAGGAGAAGAAGUCUUACAAUCGCAAAAUGUACCAACAAAAAAUUCACCCGGAAGUUCAUUAAUGACACACAUUGAAAAUAAUCCAAACAAUACUUCCCUUGAAAUUGGAACACUUAAAAUAUUUGAUAUUAACGAGUACAUACCACGGCCAAGAAAUUACAGCUUUGUAUCGUUUGUAAACACUUCUAAAUACAGCACAAUAAAAAGAAACCCUGUAGGUACAAAUAAAGAGGACGAAGAUAGCAUAAAAAGUGAAGAUUCAAGGACUGAAAUAGAAAAUAAUAAAUUACGGACAGUAAAAUCCGAAUCAAAUAAGACAGAAGAAACUACAAGAUCAACGGUCGAGCAUAUAAAUGAAGCUUCUAAUGGGGAUAAACUACCUUCUAUGAGGGUGCAUGAGAAGCUUGUCAAAGAAGAACCUAAAAGUAACAGUCGAAGACUUCGAAGCAAAAUAAGAAAUCAAAGAAUAAACAGAAAUGAAGGACAAGACAAGAUAUUUCGACAUGAACCAACUUCAGAAAACCCAAGUGAAGAAAAACCUAAACGAAGCGUUCGAAGAUAUAGAGUCAGACCAAGAUUUAGUAACGAAACAAAAAUUAAUGGAGAAGUAGAAAGACAAAGUACCAAAGAAAUCCAAAAUUAUGGAAACAUCCGUAAUCGGAGAUCGUGGAACAGCUCAGAGGGAACCCACUUUGAAAAUUACGAAAAGAGAAUUAGUAGAAGACGUCGCGAAGAACCAAGAUAUGUGACUGAAAGUGAAACUGUAGAUCUAAUAAGUGAUAGUGCAACUACAAUUGUCCCAGAAACUACAGCGCCUACCAUUCGAAGUCGCGGAAGAACGCGUCAUAGAACCUCUUAUCGAACCACUCCAACUCCUCGAUAUAGACGUGGACGCAAAACAAAGCCUAUAAUUGCCGCAACUACUGCUUAUCAUGCAGAAACUGUAACAACUCCUUAUUCUGCUGCUUCAAAACGACGACGUCGUCCUAUUCCAAGAAUGUCAUCAUCGUCUGCCCCUCCACUACAGAUAAUUCCUGCAGAAAAUGGUUCAAAUACCUCAAAUCAAAACGAGGAAGCAUCAACAGAAACUUCUUCCACACCUUUAACGUUAGAAAGUGUUGAACUUGAAAGCAAACAAAAUGAAAACAAUACAAACACUGGUGAUUUUAGUCAUGUUUCUGCCAGAAAAGUGCAAGAUGUUGAAGUAUUCAAAGAUUAUGAUAAGACGCAAAAACACGGUGGAAAUUACCGAGGCAUAAAUGACCAAGAUGUUAUAAUUCAAAAUCCUGAUGAAGUGGAGGAAGCGAAACAGUCGAUGCAAAAGGAUAAGGUCACCGAAGGUCCACUAGUACUUGAUUUCUAUCCAGCUGAUAAAGAAGCGCAAGAAGAUCGAUAUCAAAAUAGAGAAGAAAGAAGAAAAGGGCAUAAUCAACGAGAUGGAAGUAAUCAAUUACAAAACUAUGACAAAGAAAUAAAUAGGAGCACUUUUGAUAAACAGGAAAAUUUAAAAGACCAAAUCAAAUCAUAUGAAGUUGUAGAAAAUAGAGAGAUACAAGAUAAUUUCAAAGAAGAACCAGUAAUAAAUGACGCUACAGACGGAUAUACUGACAAAGAAGAAGGAAACAUUCAAUCAACUCGACCAAGAGAAGAAUAUCUAAACGAAAGAACCGAAAGUAGAAGGGUGGGACCUCAAAUUCCAGCUAAUCAAUUUUUUGGACAAGAAGAAAUUUUAACAGAGAUUGAAACAACAACAGCAACAGCGGCAUUUUUUCAUUCAACAUCCUCACCGUCCAACGUCGAUGAAAAAAAUGAUAAACUAGUGGUACAAGUAUUUGAUUUACCUAAUGCACAAGAAAUACCAAUAUCCACUGCAAAAACAAUUGAACUAGAUACACUUGAAACAGCAUCCUAUUUCAGCGGAGACGAAAUAAAACAACAAUCACACCAACAACAGCUUUCACCACACCAACACCAACAAAAACAACAGAAGCAACAUCAACAGCACCAUCAUCAUCACCAACGGCGUCGACAGCACCUUCAUCAUAAUCAUCAACAACAACAACAACAACAAAAACAACAACAACAACAACAACAACAACAACCACAACAACAACAACAACAACAUCAACCACAACCACAACCACAACCACAACAACAACAACAACAACAACAGCAACCACCAUCCCAGCAUCAGCCGUCACAACAACAGCAGCAGCAAUAUGAUCGAAAUGAAAGUAAUGAAACUUACUACAACAGUAACUUUACACCAACAAAAGCUGCAGACGAAAUAGAAAUGUCGAGUAUUUCUCCUGAUUACGUACUAAAUAGCGGAGGGAUAAAGUUUACUGCUAAAGAAUCGGCGUCAUUAAAAUUAAAUAAUGACGAAGCAUUACCUAAAAAGGCAGUGGUUGAUUUUACAGAUCCGCCUACUAUCCAUAGGACUGUCAAAAAACGUAUCAGAAUAAAACCCAAUAACUUUGAUUUCACCACUAUCACUCCUGACCACGAAGAAUAUAAAAACCAUAAAGGAUCAGUUUUAGUUGAAGAUAAUGUAGGAAGACAAGAAUCAAUUAAGGAAGAAACCAAUCAUCCUCGUAAUGUUGAAAUCGAACCAACAUUACAUCAAUUUGAAAAUGUAAAUGAUACAAUUCUGAAUCAGAACACUGAAGCUAGCACAAAUUUAUACAAUAAUAAUCAGUUUGAUAGAGUACCCGUCAAACACCACCAACAAAACAAUCGCAGUGAUUAUAAUAAACAAGAAGUGUUUUCAACUUCAACCAUAACAACACCAAUAUACCUUGACUCAAAAUAUGUAACAACAAUGCCUGAUAUUCAACAGCAAGAAGAAAUUGAGGCACCUCCUGAAACAUUUUAUCAAGGGAAUAAAGGAGAACAAUUACCAUUUUAUUCGCCGAGAAAAGAACAACUACCAAAAGAUCCCUAUAACUAUAGACGAAUCGAAGAGGAAGGUCCAAAUGUACCAGUAAAUAUUCAACACAAUAAUCAUAGACCUGUAAAAAAGUUCAAAAAUUCACCUGAGAGGAUCAAUGGAAUCGUAUCUUCUACUGAGAAAUUCUUUUUCAUAAAGGAUCCGAGCAAGAGAAACUAUUUUUAUGCCCCUAUUUAAUUUACUACUUUCGGCAUCAUUAGUCAAAAAAAUACCAAAUAGAAAAUUAUCAUAAAUUUUAAUUGUUGUUGUUUUUUAUUUAAAAAACGUUCUUGUAACUCUAAUACUUAUUUAUUAUUCAUUACGUAAGAUUUAUAAA